UUAAUUCUCUGUCGGCAAUCGAUUAAUAAAACCAGAAAGUUUAAACGGUUUGCCUAUCGUUUGUAUAAUACGAAUAGAACUUCUGUUUAUUCUACAAUCGUUUUUAGUUAACAAUCUGAAAGAUCGGGGCUACCGUGUGGUAAGUUUCGCUACUAAAGCCAUUCCCAUUAGCGGGUUCGACUUCUAACGCGGCACAAACACAAACUUGUAAAAAUUCAAUUAUAAUCUGAAAAUAAACUGGAAUUAUUGUGAAGUGGGGAAAUUAAUUACAUUUUUACGUUAUGCAAGCGCACACUGUUGAUGAAGUAACCCAUUCAACAAGACCGAUAACUUUGUUUAUGUAAAAAAAUGAUAAUUUAAAUCUGUGACCUUAUAUAAUUUUUGGUGAAAAUGGCACACGAAACGAAUGAUGUUGCUAGAAGGAAUCGUAACAACUCCUGGUGGAAACGAAGAACAAGUCUAGAAAAGAAAGGAGUCAUCUUACUAGUUAUAGCAUUAAUUCUACUCAUCGCUUUAAUUAUUGCACUUGCAGUAGUUGCGCAUCGUAAAUCGAAAAGCGAAGAAAUAUGCAAUACUGCGGGUUGCGUAAGGGCGGCGUCGAAGAUUAUAAACACCAUGAAUGCGAGGCUCGAUCCCUGCACGGAUUUCUACGAGUUCGCUUGCGGCAACUUUAUUCGCGACACCGUAAUACCGGAUGAUAGAAUGGAAAUUAGCCCUUUUACCGAAGCCGGUAAUAUGUUAGAGCAGCAACUGCGAGCGCUUUACUCAGCGCCAAUAACAGCAGAUGACAUUCGGCCAUUUGUCCUCUUGAAAACAUUUUAUCAAUCUUGUAUGAAUAACAGCGCGAUUGAGGUAAAUGGACUAUUGCAUUUGAGGGAGCUUGUUAACAAACUGGGAGGAUUCCCAAUUGUGGAAAAUGUGAACUGGAAUGAAAAUGCUUUCGACUGGCAGCAGGCCGCAUAUAAGCUCAGAAGGAAUGGAUUGAACUACAAUAAGUUCAUCAAACUAGACAUUCUACCAGAUAUGAAAAAUUCCUCCCGUAUUUGUAUAUAUUUAGAUCAACCUGAACUGGACCUGGGUAAAGAUAAUCUGGCUCUUGGAGCUGAAGAUGGAACGGUGGAGGCGUACACAGAGUUACUCGUGGAUUUGGCUGUACUUUGGGGCGCAGAUAAGGCAUUUGCUAAGUACGAAGUAAAGAAUUUAAUAGAAUUCAUGCAAACAGUUGCCAAUGCGAGUCAGUCCGAUGAGGAACGGAGAGAUCGUGCGUCACUAUACAACCCUAUGACAAUAAGUGAACUGCAACAGAAGUACCCGACCAUUUACUGGUUAGAAUACCUUAACAACAUUCUGAUCCUACCCCAGUCUCACGUGACAAGCAAAACUCAAGUCAGCGUCCAUUCCCCACAUUUCAUAUCGGUUAUUGACGAUAUUUUACGACGCACUAGUAAAAGAGUGUUGGCCAACUACAUUAUUUUCGAUGUAAUCCGCUCGUUUGAAAUGUUUGUACCUGACGAAAUUCGAAACCGAGAGCUGCAAUUCGAAGGGGUGCUCACAGGAGCUGAACAGAGAGAGCCCAGAUGGAGUCAAUGUGUCGCAAAGACAACCGCAAGUUUUGAUUUGGCAAGCUCCUCGAUCUUUGUCAGAAAGCACUUCGACCCAGAAUCCAAAAAGAGCGUAGGAAUAAUGGUUGAUGAUAUCAGAAAUGAGUUUAUCGAAAUAUUAAGGAAAACCGAGUGGAUGGAUAGCACGACGAAGCAGACCGCCAUCGAUAAGGCGAAGGCAAUUAAAUCCUACAUUGGAUACGCCGACGAGUUGCUCGAUAACAAAAAACUCGGCGAUCAUUACGCCACCCUCACGCUGGUACCGGGAAGCUCGAUCGAUCACGUGAGAAACAUUUCCAUCUUCGAUCGUGAUUUGGAAAUAGAUUUACUCUCGAAGAAGUUCGACCCUGGUGACUGGAGAACUCGCUAUGCUGCUACUGAAGUUAACGCGGCUUACGCAGGUUAUGAGAACAGUAUACAAAUCCCCGCCGCCAUUCUCCAGAACGUAUUUUAUAGCAAGGACCGCUUGCAGGCGUUGAACUAUGGUGGCAUCGGCUAUUUCAUCGGGCAUGAAAUUACGCACGGGUUUGAUGAUCAAGGUCGUAAGCUAAACGUGAAUGGCAAUUUGGAAGAUUGGUGGGCGAAGGACACGAAUGACGCCUUUUUGGACAAAGCGAAAUGCAUUAUUGAGCAGUAUUCCAAUUAUACUGACCCCGAAGUAAAUGUCCCGAUAAAUGGCGAAUUAACCCAGGGCGAGAACAUCGCCGAUAACGGAGGAAUCAAGGAGGCUUAUCUCGCGUACAAUGCAUGGGUUAAACGGAACGGGCCCGAACAGAAACUCCCUGGGCUGAAAUACACACCAAAACAACUUUUCUGGAUUUCCGUCGCGAACUGUUGGUGCACAAAGACUCGAAAGGAAUAUCUAGCGUCGUCAAUACCACUAGACGAACACUCACCCGCAAGAUUUAGAAUACUAGGUCCGCUUAGUAAUUUUGAGGACUUUUCGCGCGAUUUUAAUUGUCCAUUGGGUUCACGCAUGAAUCCGCCACAUAAAUGUAAAGUAUGGUAGCUACCAAUCAGUAUUCUAUUUCACUGUUACGUAAAAAACACUGCCACAGUUUCGAUAUGUGCUUGAAUGCAAUUUGAUGGGCAGAAAUAAUUUUGUACAAAUAAAAGCAUAACCUUUAAUUAAACAAAGGCGCAAGGAAGGGAUCAGAUUGCAUUUAUAGGUUACGUGCUUUAUAUUUUCAUUGUCGGCUCCAAAUGCUAAUGCGAUAUCUUCUUUAAUAUCUGUACUUAAAACUGUUCAAUUUGAUCGUGAAGUUUUGAUUUUGCAAGUAUUGUGUACAUAUACUAAUAAUUACCUAUCUGAAAAUUUA